UCUAUAAGAAAGCACACACACCUGUCUGAAUAGACUCCUGGUCAAUGCCUUGUAGUUGCAGCUGGAAAAGAGGGGAAGGAGAGGUGACACCACAUGGGCGAUAAGUAUCUCGGUUGUUAUAAUGAAUGGCUAUAUGUUGUGAUUUGCACUGUAUCUACCGUGCAUGCUGAUUGUCGACCAAAGAAGGGUUAUCGGCGGCUGAACAUGAGCUUGGGUGUGUGGGAGAUCUCACCACUGCCGAAAAGAUCAGGAGAUACACAGGUCCGGUCUUUGGUGACCCAGAUGAUGGAGUUGAAGCUUCCAUUCCUCAGGAGGCUGCGAGGGACCGGCCUUGCAAAAUUUUAUAAGACACACACGUACUUGCUUCUUUCCCGCAUUUCUGGACUGAGGGAGUAUUUCGCUGCUUGUGGAAAUCUAUGUAAGGAAGACCGUGGGCCAAGCAAGACGAAGAAGAAGGUGGAAGGAGAGCGGGCUAUGGUAUCAGCGAGGAUUAUAAGAGAUGAGGAUUCCCGUGAGGCCAUUGGGUUCAGUGAAGAGUUCUAUGAUGCCAUGGACACAAUGGCUCAGCAAUCAGCCACAGAUGAUGAGUCAGACUCAGAAAGUAUCAAUCCAAGCGCAGCUAAUGCGAGGGCGAAGCUGAGGCAGUCGGCUUGGGGCCUUCGGUUCUUCCUCCACAUCAGCUCAAAGCAUAAAGUGGAUGACAGUGGAUCGGAGCAGUUACUGCACGGUUAUUCCCCUAUUAGUUUUGACCCUUCGCGCUUCAAGGGGUCGGUACCCCAAGCAAGGCAUGCGAAGGAAACAAACUGUUGGGAUGAUCCAGGCGGAGAACAGUUUGUGGUGCGAGGGAAGAAUUACCUGCAGGAUUGUGUCAAGGUGCGGGGCGAGAGACCACUACUGACCCUUCUUGCUGUAGAUUGGUUCAAAGACUCUGAGCGAAUGGAUAACCUUGCCAGUAGACCAGGAAGCAUUGUGCAGGUUCCUGGUCCAGAGCACCAUAGUCUGGUAUUCUACUUUGCAUCAGAGAAACCCGUACGGCCGGCCUCUCUUCUGGAUCGGUUUAUAAGCGGUGAUGAUACUUUCCGGAACGAGCGAUUCAAACUCAUUCCACGGAUAGUGGAGGGUUAUUGGGUUGUAAAACGAGCAGUCGGCACCAAGGCAGUUCUUUUGGGCAAAGCUGUUACUUGUUCAUAUUACUGCCAGGAUAACUAUCUGGAGAUUGACGUGGACAUAGGAUCGUCCUCAGUUGCGCGAUCAAUUAUCGGUCUGGUGUUGGGAUACGUGGAGUGCCUCACCGUCGACAUGGCGAUCGUCAUCCAGGGUGAAGAGGAAUCAGAGCUUCCAGAAUACAUCCUUGCUAGCAUGCGGAUAAUGCACUUGAAGCUGGACUCAGCUACACCUCCCCCACCAGCGAGAUGACGUGAGGUGGAAGAAGAGUAUGUGUAUCUAUACAGCAAUACAGUCAUGUGUUGUCACGUUGACAUUGACUUGAGCCUUUUGGGGGAAACUGAUGUUUAUUUUAGUUUUUCCCCUUUGCGGUAUUCACUCCUUCGUGUGGUUUCACUGCCGAUCACUGUCCAAUGUGGGAUCUGGUGGUCUGUCCAACUCUCGUUGUCAUCCUGGGUCGUUUCACAUUGGCAGCGGUUGUCAAUGUUAGAUACGCUGAGGAAGGGAUGGCUUUCGCCUACUUGGAAGGCUGUUGAAAUUCUAUUGCACUUCUAGUCCGUGUUAGUUCCGCUGUGUUUCAUUGAUGAAGAUCGUCGUUGUGGGGACUAGAGACGGGUACAAAUCCCAACGUCUAGUGAGCAAAGACAGCACGGGCAGCAAUUGCAUUUUGAGGGAUCUGUCAUGCCUGCCUUGCAGUACGGACAUUAAAAAGCUUUCAUGGAAUUGCAGACACCUUACCCGUCUUCCCUGCCUUGCGGUACGGACACCAAGAAGCUCUCGUGGAAUCGCAGGCGGAGCGUCUGAAAGCGAUUAAGGAAACUUAAAGCAGGCAUACCUUGUCUGUCUUGCCUCUUAGUAAUCGAUCCUACAGUCACUCACACACAGUGUAUACUUGAAUUAAGGGAAGACAAUGAUGGAAGGAUGCCUUGCCUGCACUGUCAUACAUAUCCAUCUCCACAGCAGUCCUAGAAUGGCUUCCAUGUACGGCCAUCAUCACGGUCAGUGAUACCUUCAUGAAUUGAAAGUGAGAUGGUGGGUGGAAGGAUCUUUCGCAAAUAUGUGGAUCUGACCACUAACUCCCUUUGUGUGCCUUUGGCAAGGUUGUUCUGAGUAGUCUGUUGGGAGUAAGCCUCGGCUCGUCCUCAACCACUGUGGGAAACGGAAUUUCUCCUUGUUCAGUGCUAGUGUUGCAGACGGCUGUUCGUGAAGGCUAGAAUCAAUACGGACGGCUUCCGCCAAAUGUGUAGACCCACACUCCACGCAUCCAUCACAAAAACUGCAUUCAUGCCCAAUCACAGAACAGACCCAGUUAGGAUAUGGAAGAAGCUGCAAGCCAAACCUACACUACAAUUUCAGUACGUCAUUGCAUCACCAACCAUGCAGCCAACUUUGUUCUUCAGGGGGUAAGCUCUCCAGAACCGCACUGAAGACCUGGGUUUUUGUCGGAAUAUGUCCUUUUUGGCAGCUUAGGACAUGCAAACUGUCAAAUGAUGCGAAGCCUUUUGAGGAUGGCAUUUGGAUAGCCUGGAGAGUGGAAGUUCUGCUGGAUUUGAAGUGUGAGUACAGGAGGCGACAGUCGUUAUCUGUGUGUGGCAGGUAUAGCAAAGGUAAUCUGGAUCUGACGUGCGAGUACAGAACGCAACACUAUGUUUGGUGGUGUUGUUAAUAUGCAGUCAUGGUGAUGCCGUCCUGGGCAUCUCAUUUCUGUUCUGCAGACUUUCUCCCAUUGUCUGCAUCGAGGAUCAGGAACAAGCUGCAGACCAUUUUGUUGAGGGAGGUUCCCCGUCAUCUGUGGAGGCCCGCGGAGUGAGCAGCUUUGCUGCACGGAUCGCCAUGCAUUGGCCUGUUCCCAUUUUCUGCGUGAGGAUUAGGAACAAGCUGCGGACCAUUUCGCUGAGUGAGGUUCCCCAUCAUCUGUGGAGGCCUGUGGAGUGGAGCAGCUUUACUGCACGGAUCGCCAUGAAUUGGAAGCAGCCAGGUGUGUCUUCGUUGGGGACCUCAAGGCUGUUGGCAACCAGGUGAGUGCACACAGCUCGACAAUUUAUGGUCAUGACUUCAGCAACCAGACCCCGAUGCAGGCCCAGAUUGGUUUGUGUGGGAAGUGGCCCAGGUCCAGCGUCUGGUGCAAAAUUUGUCAAACCACAAAUACACGUCCCCAGCCUUGCACUCCAAAACUUGUCGCCACAAGAAAACGAGGCUGAAACGUCAAACGCUCGGCCCGCCGUCGAUAAAUCCGAUCGGCGGCCCGGUUUUUGUUUUGCGCCUCCAGAAUUUUGAGGUGUCAGACCCGCGGCCCAGGUGCCCGUGUACUGGUGGUUUAAAAUGAAGAGAGUCAUUGGAGCCGAGUUUUCCGUAGGUCCGAUCUUGAAAUUUUCGCAGAGAGAACUGUUUGCAGCCCUGCAUUGUUUUUUUCCAGAAAAAGACCCCUUGAAGGGCAGCGCAUUGUGGUGGAGAAACCGGCUGAAAUUCUCACAUGAGCGAGAUACAAAACACAUUGUCAGUAGGACCUGGGUGGAACUCUUCGUGAAUAUCAUUAAGCGCUUCAUUCCCGUGAAGUUUGUGGAGAGGCCGAUGUGCUGCUGGUGUCCCAGGGAAGCAUGCACUGACAAUAACGAUCAGCUUGUCAGUGUGAAAAGGCAGAUUAUUGAAAGGCAGCGGAACCUAUGAAUGUCGAGAGUAGGUAGGCAUGAAGAGGGAAAAAGUGCUGUUGUUGUUCCCGCUUCACACGUCGCUUGAUUUCUUCUUCUUCUUCUCAAUCCCCUGGCUAUUGUGUGGUUUCAACUGGCGUAAUUGCCCCCGCCACUCAGUACUGCCACCUUUAUUAUUUACUUGCUGUUAGAAUUCAGGCUCAAAACCACCAGUACCUUGGACCAUUCUGUGGCACCCUGACAAUUUUUCCAUCAUUUACAUUGUGGACCCGACGCAGGCUGCCCGGUACAACCAAAAUACGUCCUCCAUGUUAACCGGCUGUCCCCGUGAAGGUACUGGUGCUUUAAUCUUCGUCUGUCAUCUAGGAUUCAUAGGAGGACUCAAGGGGUAUUCUUCAUUCAGAAGUUACAGGGCAUCCUCUUUGGCGAACGAAGGAGAGCUCGGAGGGGAUUUUUACUUCCAUUGUUUAUUCAAUACCAAGUGCUCGACAGCUUUUCAGAUGAUUUCGGAAUUUGAAGCAUCAGGCGACUUCCAUCGUGUGGCUCAUCUUGGGCAUUGGACAUAUAGCAGACAACUCUCUUGGCACUAUUGAUACGUGCUGGCGCCUCAGCACGAUCAUGCUGCGAACCUCUGAAUCGCAGCUCCUCUUAUGAACAACACAAGU